UUGUAUCCAUAGAUCAAAUUAUAUCACAUUUAACCUAGACAAGUAAUUUAUAGAGAUCCAUAAUAAACCGAUAAUCAUUGCUGUUUUAAAAGUUUUGUGCAAAUUUUUGAAUGCCAGAAAUUCAUUUUUGCGAAUAAAUUUUAUAGAAGAUAACAAAAACAUUAAAAUGUCGUAUAUGUUAACUCAUCUGCACAAUGGAUGGCAAGUGGAUCAAGCAAUAUUAUCUGAAGAAGAUCGUGUUGUUGUCAUACGAUUUGGUCAUGAUUGGGAUCCACAAUGUAUGAGAAUGGAUGAAGUACUGUACAAUAUAGCAGAAAAAGUAAAAAACUUCGCUGUUAUAUACCUUGUGGAUAUUACAGAAGUUCCAGACUUUAAUAAAAUGUAUGAACUUUAUGACCCAUGCACUGUAAUGUUCUUCUUCCGAAACAAGCAUAUAAUGAUUGACUUGGGUACUGGUAAUAACAAUAAAAUUAAUUGGCCAUUAGAGGAUAAACAAGAAAUGAUCGAUAUUAUUGAAACUGUUUAUAGAGGUGCUAGAAAAGGCAGAGGUCUUGUGGUUUCUCCUAAAGAUUAUUCUACUAAAUAUAGAUAUUAAAUGAAAUAAAUCACAAUAUUUUUAUUGUAUGUGAUAAUUAGUAGGUAUUUUAAUAAUUUUGUGUUGUAACAUCUGUAUAUAGUAUUUAAAGAUGCAUGCAUUGUAAGGAUAUUUUAAA